GUGGGAGUCGUGACCUCAUUCACCAAUUUGCAAAUGGCGACGGUUUUCUCGCCGAAGACCCACCUCCCAAAGUAAUAUAGUGGGAUUUCUUGUGAUUUGUGAUUCUAGCAUCAAAAGUUUCCAGGGAUCUGACUGAGAAGGCAACCAUGCCUGCUGUUAAAGGAGAUAAUAUGCGGGGACUUUUGGUCUUCAUCUCUGAUAUUCGUAACUGCAAAAGUAAAGAGGCAGAAAUCAAACGAAUCAACAAGGAAUUGGCUAACAUCAGGUCAAAGUUCAAAGGUGACAAGACAUUAGAUGGCUACCACAAGAAGAAGUAUGUGUGCAAGCUUCUGUUCAUCUUCCUUUUGGGUCACGACAUUGACUUUGGUUACAUGGAGGCUGUCAACCUCCUCAGCUCCAACAGAUACACAGAGAAGCAGAUUGGGUACCUGUUCAUUUCGGUGAUGAUUAGUGCCAACAAUGAUCUGAUCAAGCUGGUCAUCAAGUCCAUAAAGAAUGAUCUGGCCAGUCCCAACCCAGUCCAUGUCAACCUGGCCCUGCAGUGCACCGCCAACAUUGGCAGCAAGGAAAUGGCCGAAGGUCUGGGCAACGAGAUCCCCAAGCUCCUGGUCACAGGAAUGGAGAAAAGCUUACGUGAAACGAUUGACUCGGUGAAGCAGAGUGCUGCCCUGACCCUGCUGAGACUGCUGCGCACCUCUCCCGAGUACAUCCAGAUCGGGGAAUGGUCCUCCAGGGUCAUCCACCUCCUGAAUGACCAGCACCUGGGAGUGGUCACCUCGGCCGCCAGUCUGAUCGAGGCCCUUGUCAAGAAGAACCCGGAGGAAUACAAGGGAUGUGUGUCUCUUGCUGUGUCCCGACUCAGUAGGAUUGUGACAGCUUCCUACACUGAUCUGCAGGAUUACACGUAUUACUUCGUGCCAGCCCCCUGGCUGUCUGUUAAACUCCUCAGAUUACUACAAAAUUAUCCCCCUCCAGAGGACCCUGCUGUCAGAACUAGACUAACAGAGUGUCUAGAAACAAUACUAAAUAAGGCACAAGAACCCCCCAAAUCAAAGAAAAUACAACAUGGGAAUGCCAAAAAUGCAGUACUUAAUGAAGCCAUUAACCUAAUUAUUCACAUGGAUAGCGAUCCAAACCUUCUAGUCAGGGCCUGUAACCAGCUAGGCCAAUUUCUCCAGCACCGAGAAACCAACCUCAGAUACUUGGCUUUGGAGAGCAUGUGCUUGCUUGCGACCUCAGAGUUUUCUCAUGAAGCUGUGAAGAAACACCAAGAAACUGUCGUCAAUUCAUUAAAAACUGAGAGAGAUGUAAGUGUGAGGCAGAGAGCCGUCGACCUUCUGUAUGCAAUGUGUGACAAAACCAAUGCGGAGGAAAUUGUAGGCGAAAUGCUGGAGUACUUGGAGACUGCUGACUACUCAAUCAGAGAGGAAAUGGUGCUGAAGGUGGCCAUUUUGGCCGAGAAGUAUGCAGUGGACUACACUUGGUACGUGGACGUCAUCCUGAACUUGAUCCGUAUCUCUGGAGACUAUGUCAGUGAAGAGGUGUGGUACCGUGUUAUACAGAUUGUGAUCAACAGAGAUGAUGUGCAGGGAUAUGCCGCAAAGACUGUGUUUGAGGCUCUGCAGGCUCCUGCCUGUCAUGAAAACAUGGUCAAAGUAGGAGGCUACAUCUUGGGGGAGUUUGGAAAUCUAAUUGCUGGAGAUCCUAGAUCAAGUCCUUUGGUCCAGUUCCAGCUGCUACACUCCAAGUACCACCUUUGUGGCCCCGCCACGCGCGGCCUCAUACUCUCAACCUACAUCAAGUUUGUCAACCUGUUCCCAGAGAUUAAAUCAACCAUUCAAGACGUUUUAAAGAGUGACAAUAACCUUCGUAACUCAGAUGUUGAACUACAACAAAGAAGUGUGGAGUAUUUACAGCUAAGCACAGUGGCCUCCACUGAUGUCCUGGCAACUGUAUUAGAAGAAAUGCCACCAUUCCCUGAAAGAGAAUCAUCUAUUUUGGCAAAACUGAAGAAAAAGAAGCCAACCGUAACAGAACAGGCAGAGAAUAAGGAACCCAAACAACCAAUGCCUCAGGCACAGAUGAGCAACAAUGUUAACACCCACAACACACCCCCUCCUCUAUCAGUACCUGCAGCCUCUAACCCCCCCAGUGCAGCAGCCUCAGACGACCUACUGGGACUCAACUCCCCGGGCCCCUCCCAGGCUGCUCCCUCGGCUGGCAGCUUUCUCCUGGAUGUUUUCGAUACUGUCGGAUCAAGUCCACCGACCAAUGGAGUGGAUUCAAAUGGACUGACACCGGGAGCAGAAGAGAGCUUUAAAAAAUUUAUUUGUAAAAAUAAUGGAGUAUUAUUUGAAAAUGACCUUCUACAAAUUGGAGUCAAGUCGGAAUAUCGACAGAACUUAGGAAGACUUGGGAUAUUUUACGGCAACAAAACAUCAUUCCAAUUUAGCGGAUUUAGCAUAGACACACAGUGUCCAGGAGAGCUGGCAUCUCAGAUCACAUGUACACCUAAACCAGUGGGCACAACGAUUGAGAGUGGGGCACAGGUACAGCAGGUCAUCAACAUAGAGUGCAUCACCGAGUUCUCCGACGCUCCUCUCCUUAUCAUCUCCUUCAUGUGUAAUGGUAACUCCCAUAGAUUGAAUCUGAAGCUUCCAGUCAUGUUUAGCAAAUUCUCUGAGCCUGCAGAAAUGGACUCUGCAACUUUCUUUGCCAGAUGGAAGGGUCUAUCACAACCAAAUCAAGAGUGCCAGAAGGUGUUUAAAGCCAAGUUCCCAAUAGACACAGAACAGAAUAAGACAAAGAUGCUGGGAUUUGGGGUCAGUAUCUUGGAAGGCAUCGAUCCUAACCCAGACAACUAUGUCUCUGCUGGAAUCAUCCACAUCAAGGGCAGCCAGGUCGGCUGUCUAGUUCGACUAGAGCCCAAUAAAAAUGCCCAGAUGUACAGAUUAACAAUACGUGCCAGCAAACCCCCUGUUCCUAAUAUUUUAGCAGAUUUAUUGGAACAUCAAUUCUAGUACAACCAAACGUUUAAACAUAAUUUGACUUAACAAUAUACCAUGUGAUAUAUACGGAGGAUGGCCUAACAGGGAAAUAUUUGUACAGAAGGAGAGAAAGAGAAUAAGAGUCAGAAGGGAGGAAAAUGGAAGAAGACCAAGCAUAAUUCACAAACAGUUGUAUAUGAAGCAUGUGUUUCGUGUCUGGUAAUCAUGUCAAAUGUGUUAGAUUUAGAGGAGAUUAGCAUACAAAAUAAGUGGGUCUUCAUUGCUGUGAUUUGUCACUGUUUGUAUAUAUCAGUUGUGUACAGGCUAGCAGAAAUGACUUGUAGGGAGAACAAUUGGUUGUGUGUUUUAACUUUUAAACCUCAGUUUAUGUUGCAGAACUGUUAAAAUCAAUACUUUCUAUUGCUUAUUUUUCAUACAAGAAAUUUUAUUUCAUAUGCAUUGAUAUAAACUAAAUGAGCUUUUUUCCCCCUUUCAGUUGUAGCUUGAAACAUUUUUAUGGGCAAUGGACUCCAUAAAAUGUGAUAUUAAAAAUUUGCUAAGAUAUGUCAUAAUUUAGUGUAGUCAAAAAGUGCAAACGCUUUACCUAGGGAUGUGCUGAGUUUAUAAGAGCUUCAUUUGUUCUGCAGAUUUGACUAUCACCAUGCAUUAGAACCAUGUCUGCAGAACUUGUAUUUAUACAUUCCAAGUAUUCUGUUUUUAAAUCUCAAUGGAAAAAUAAAAGUUUUCUAUUUUGGUCUAUGUAUAUGAAUAAAAUUUGUUCAUGUAUUUGUUUUGUGAACAGCAUUUGUGUGAUACAUGUAUGUUAUUGUAGAUGUCAAGAUUUCAUCCAACAUCCAGAAGUGCUAAAAAUGUAAACUAACAGCAAACCUCAUACAAGACUCUAUAAGUCUAUAUUGUACACAUGUCCAUUAUCAGAAGCUGAUACAGAUGUUCAUGUAUCUGAUUUUUAGCUUGAUGUUUAGAUUUGUUCCCAGUUUUGACAGAAGUUUGAUAUAUUUGUAAAAUGAAAUGGAAUACUCAAUGGAUGGAGAACAGACUAUGGUUUUUUUUUCUGAAUCUGUCAAAAACAAUCAGUUAUAAGAGUAUAAUCCGUGCAGUGUCACUAUCAGUUUCAUGGAGGACUUUGUUUCCCAUGUGGAUAUACCUACUACAAGAUUACUGAUUGAUUAACAUUUUCUGUACAUUUUGCAACCGCCAGAGUUUGGAUUAGGCCAAAAAAAAAAAUAUGUGUGUUUCCGGUUUCCCGACCGACCCUAUUUUUUAUGCGCCGACCCUAACACUUUUUAUUCCAAAUCCAGAUUACCAACCAUAAUUGCUUUAAACAAUAGAGUCUUACAAAUCAGAGUUCAAAAAACGCUUGUAACUAUUCAAUAGAAAACACCGCUCAUCAAAGCGUUUUAAAGAUUUCUAAGUGUAGAUUGGCAGUAUGGAUGAAAGUUAUCCUUGGUUAUUUUAGCUAAAUUAUCAAUGCAAUGAAUAGUUUCAUAGGGCAGUGAUGUGUUAAAAAUUAAUAUAAAGAUGUACAAGAAAAAAGCAGAGGCAAAGUUUUUUUUUUUUUAUAUUUCUUGGUGUGGAGACUGCAGACAUCGUAAGUCUUUGAAUAGGCCCAACAAUCAUUCACAUUAUAAAUAUGAUUCUAAAAUGCUGCAGUUCAAUUGCAAAUGAAAUUUUUAAAUUCAGUCUUAAACCAUUAAUUAUGUAUUCAUUUUUUUUGGAAUUAUUGAAAAGAUUUACUUCUAAGGCUCUCGUCUGAUCAACCAGAAUUUCCUCUGUUUCUGAAUUCAACACUUACAGUUACGAUAUUAAUGUUUACUGUUAUGUCAGUUGACCAGGAAGAUAGAACUAAUAACCAAUUCAUGAUAUAUCUGUGGUAAUGAGUAUUAUACUCUGUUAAUUUAUAGUGACUGUCAUAUUUAUAUUUUCUAUUCACAUAAAAAUAAAAUCUUCGUAUACAUUCCAAAUAAACCUUAGAUUUAAGAAAGUUUUAAUUCUGUAACAGUUGUCUCUAUCCACGAUUGCUCCAUACAAAAAUACAUUUUCUUAUAGUAUAGAAAAAUCAUAUGCUAGGAAAGGGGAAAACCUAAAAGCUCAUUAAAAAAAAAAAAAAAAAAAGCCGACCUACCUACCCUAUUUUAAAAUUUGAUGAAAUAGGAAACACACAUAUUUUUUUUUUUUGGCCUUAACUAUAAUUUUGCCAAAUACAACAUUAUUACAGUAUAUGAAGGAUAUCCCAUUUUUUUUUCUAGUAGAACAUUUACUGAAUGAAAUGAAUCUAAAGCUUGCUGAUGGUGCAUUGAUUGUAUUUGUCUAGCAUACUGAUAUAUCUUUAUUAUUGAAUUGUGAUGGGUAUAGAAUCAGACAACCUCACAUUUAAUUUUGAUGCAUUUUGCCCACUGUUUUCAACCAAGAUUCGCAUGAAAAGAUGGCAUAUCAAGAGAUUUAUUUGUCUUACAAAUAUGUUCUUGACUGUCAACUUUAGGCUAGAUGCUGUUAUUUGGGUCACCACAUGCGGUAAAUAAAACCUCUGAAUAUGAUGUUUGAAGACAACAUAGGAGAUGUGUGUACAGAGUGAACUAUGUGCAAUAAACCGUAGCCAAGCUUGUAACUUAUAACGUGUAGAAUUAUUGUUUUGUGUCUGAAGAUAAAAAAAGAAACAAAACAUCUUAUUCAGCUAGUGAAUAAUAGGACAAUUUUAUGUGUAUUUACAUAUUUACUCUCCUAAACAGAUAAAGCAUUGAAUGUCUUGGAAAUAAUUUGAACUUUGUCACAUGAUGUGUAUAUGUCACAUGGCUGUCAUGUGAUGUAUGUUUAUUCAAAGGCUAAUGUGAUUUCAGCUUUUUAAGUUUUUGAUUUAUUGAUGUUGAAUAUGGGGAUUUAUUUAUGAAAUAGAGCAUUUUCUCCCAGUGUAUAAUUGUAUAUUUAUAUAAUGUCAUUAUGAUAGCAACAUCAUUAUUAAACAACUCAUUAAAGUGGUAAAAAGUG